CUGGUGCAUCACAUAUCCCACUUCCUGGAAGGCAGCACAGCAACGGAGGGACUCCUGACUGUUACGGCUUGACACUUAGCUUUAGCUAACAAGCUAGCAUCAGCAGCGGUGUCGUUGUAAGAAAUAUCAUCUCAAAAUGUCAGCCUCCGGUCCAGAAGGCUCUGGCGCAGGUUCAAGCAACAAGCGCUUGCAGCAGACCCAGGCCCAGGUGGAUGAGGUGGUGGAUAUUAUGCGCGUUAAUGUGGACAAAGUGCUGGAACGUGACCAGAAGCUGUCUGAACUGGAUGACAGAGCAGACGCACUGCAGGCCGGAGCCUCCCAGUUUGAGACCAGUGCUGCUAAGCUGAAGAGGAAGUACUGGUGGAAGAACUGCAAGAUGUGGGCCAUCCUCAUAGCUGUCUUAGUGAUCAUCAUCAUCAUCAUUAUUAUUUGGUCUAAAUCGUAAAACAACAAUGGUGGAGAGAGGAGUGGAGGAAGCAAUGAAGAAGAGGAGAGGAGCAACAUUGAUUAAUGAGGAAGAGGUCAAGCGAUUACUGGCUACUGAGCUCCACAAUAUUCUGCCCCUCCCGCAGCGGGGCUUCAUUCCUUGUCCUGGAUUGCCCUGUGUGUCUGCGUGUGUGUGUGUGUGUGUGUGUGUGUGUGUACAUACCAGACAUCAGUAAACUUUUAUUAGAGUGCCAUGCCAAAGAAAGCAGAAAGAUACAUACAGAAACAAACACAACAAAAAUUACUGAAUAUAAAUAAAUCCCCUUUUGACCGUAUGACAAAGUACUCGCACACACACACAUUCCAAACUCAGGACUAGAAUUGAAGAAUAUUGUUGUAAACUCUCCUAAACCUAUAUUUACUUUCUAUGUUUUACUGUAUUAAUAGUCAUGAUUUUGCGUGCCAGGCUAAGAUAAGUGCCUUAGAUUUUUUUUUUGUCCAUUUAGAGUCUAACAGUUAUGCAUUUAAAGGAAAAGAUACCCCUUUUUCAACUCCAACUGAACAUACCAUGCCAAUAUUUUAGAUAUUUCUCCAAAUUAUUGAAUUGAAUUUGGUUUGUUGUUUUGUUUACAGUUUUCUGUUGAUUAAUGGAAUCUAAUGUAAAAUUGUAUUUAUAAACAUGGUUGAGUGCCUUUGAGUUCACUGUAUAAUAUCUCAAACUUAGGGUGGAAUAAAGAGGAAUUUGUUUUGCCCCCCUACAACAAAAAAACUAGCCAUUAACACGCUGUUGAUCCAUUUGACACUACCGGUCCUUGUCCUCCUCUUCAGCCGUUUUCAGAGAUGAACUGACUUUGUCUUUCACAUAUGAAGAACACAGCAGAAGAUUGUGCGAGUCAGACACAUUCAAAACAACUGGCAAAAUUCCCGAGCGUUUAGGCGAGGGUCGGCACCUAGGUAGAGGUAUGACAUGAUGUAUAAAUUAUAGCUGCGGACUGUCUUCUAUGUUAAUGUCACCUCUUAUUCAUACUAACAUAUUAGUACUCUUGGAUUUUUUUAUUUUUGCGUCUGUUGCAUGUUAGAAAUGUCCUCUUCCUCGCUGUGAAUUUUCUGCACAUUUUUUCUGCUGUACUCUCACAAGGGCUUAAUUGGACAUUCUCUAGUUUUUAAUAGUGAACCUUCAGGAAAAGUACCGCAAAAUGUCCAGAACAACUGACUCUGACAUUUGCGUCCUCACAGCCAUCCCCUCCAGAUAAUUUCAGGAAAAUGUCUAGAGUUCAGUGCAUGUCUGAAAGCAACAUUUGAGAAAGUACUACUUAUACAUUAUAAGAUGGCAUAAGUUUGCCUUAAGAUCGUGUGCCUUUAUGCUAAGACCAACAACCUCACAGCCUGAAGAAGGCAAGACAAACUGCCACACAGAUUUUUAGAAAGUGAGUGCUCUCCAACAUGUGCCAGAAAAUGUUCCUCUGUAUACUAUCAAGCACUGUUAAGAGCAUGUAGUUUCAGACAGAUGCCUUAAUCAGUUUCUCCACUGGAGAACAGCCAUCACUACAGCCAUACCUUAUUGACCGUACUUACCUGUCAGUGAAGGAGUAUAGGACUUUCUGAAUGCUCUGAUUGUCCUAACAAAUACUAUGCUGUUUUUGUUGAGUCAGACUGGUAUGUAUCCCUUCCAAUCAGUACAGAAUACUCCUUAUGUUUGAUAGUUUAGUUUUAUUAUCCUUAGCUUUUUGUGCCAUCUAAUUAUUAAGAACUUCUCUUGGUGCUCCGCUCACUCUUCACUCUCAAGCAUCAGGGGUGUUUGAGCAUUAAAAAAAAGUUCAUCACUGGUCGAUCACUUUUCCUGCCUCCAUUUUUUUGAGAGAACUGUGCUUUAAUGAGAAACAAUUUUGGAUUACUUUGUACAUGGCAUUUCAUCAGUAGAACAUUGCUUUUCAGUAGUUUUUAAGACAUUUAAGUCAUAGUGCUUGCAUGAUGCAAGACGUGUGAAAUUCUCAUCAUCCUCUUGUGUCUUCAUCAGAAAUUUGAGGCAAAGUUAUUUCCAAAUAAGUGCAAUUCUACUCUUUGACCCAGAAUGCCUUUUGCUUGAAUAAAAUAGAUUUAACUUAAAUCACAA